UCCGGAGUCCGAGUCCGAUCCACCGCCGCCACUCACUCGCUGCCUGUUGGUUCUGGCUGUCACAUGGAGGAUAAUGAACGUGACCGGCUCACGUUGUAAUCUGUGAGGAAAAGGCACAGCAACCAGGCCCUCUGCAGAUGUUUAGCAGCCUGAUAUUUAAUUGUCAGUAGCGUCAAGACUGGGCCAUAUUUUGGAUGGAGUCAGCACCCAAGUUUUCUUUUCCUUGUAUAGUGCCGAGGCGCUCGAGAUUCAAGCCGUCCUGUACAUCAGCGAGUAAAGAAUGGUCAAAUAUUUCAGUAAUAACAUAGACAUCAGGAGUACUUGGGACCAUGUUGUCUCUGCUUUUUGGCAGAGGUAUCCGAAUCCAUUCAGCACCCAUGUUCUCACAGAAGAUGUUGUUUACCGGGAGGUGACUGCGGACCACCGGCUUCUCUCCAGACGCCUCCUAAUGAAAACCAAUCGGCUACCUCGCUGGGGGGAGUAUCUCUUCCCCGGCGGCAUGUCUCGCUCCGUGUACAUCAUCGAGGACUCCAUCGUGGACCCUGUCAACAGGAGUCUGGUCACUUACACCUGGAACCUCAACCACACAACUCUCAUGUCAGUUGAAGAGCGUUGUAUUUUCCGAGACUCAGCGGAGCAGCCAGCCACUACCCAGCUGAAACGGGAGGCGUGGAUAUCCUCAAAUGUUUACGGCUUCUCCAGACCUAUUCAGGAGUUCGGAUUGGCUCGAUUCAAGAGCAAUCAGGUGAAGGCCAUGAAAGGGCUGGAAUACGCGCUGUCCAAUUUACAUGGAGAGACGCCCCAGCGGCUGCUCAGAGACUCGGUGAAGGGCGCGUCGGAGAAGGCCAAGGAGACGGCGAAGAGCCUGACUUCAGCUGCUGCCAUCCCACAGAAACCCCAACAGUACGUCUGACAGGUCAGCGCGCGGAGCGCUGUUCAGGUGACAUGAACGCAACACAAUGCCUUUUGAUCUCCGCGAUCAUCUUGACUGGAUGGAAGUUUUCUGGGAUCCCACCGAUCGUUGUUUGCUCUCCGUGGUUUUUCUUUCGUAUGAAGCAGCUUCUCCUCUCUCCAGAUGGACAGAUGUCUUCUACUUUUUCUAUUCUCAGCUUUCUGUCCUCGUUGAAUCUCAGGUCCUGAGCCUUUGUCUGAAACAUAUGGCCUUUGUGGAGAAGUUCAGAUUGUGACAAGCAGCACUUUGUAAUGCCGUAACUACGUCGGAUAUACAAGCACAUUUUCAUAUUUUGCCAAAUAUGUAAUUUUUUUAUUUUUUUAUUUAGCAUAUCUAUCGAAGCAUAUGUUCAUGCACAAUGACAAAGCUCUUGAACUGUGGUUUAUUAUUAUCAUUGGUCCAGCCUAAAUUCCUCAUUAGACCAAAUCUUAAUACUGUGAAGUAUGAAUUGAUCUCGAAGAAGGAAAGACACGGAUUAUGAAUUGAGGGUUGUACGGAGUGGAUAUAUAAACAGUAUAAUUAUACUUUUGUAUAUCCUCAUGUUUUCUUCAUUGUUUGACAUUUUUCCCACCUUCAAGUACAUAAUUAUAUGGUGGGUCGGCCCAUAAAUCAUUCUGUAAUAUUGCGCAUAUUAAUAAAAAGUUUUGUACAAAUGGUACAGGUUAGUCACUGCAAGUACACUGAAGCUUUGAUAACCAAGUGACUUCUGGGAAAAAAGUCUGUGAGUGAAAUUUUCACACAGAUUUACUUUAGAUUGACUAACUGAGGUGUGUUAGUGAAAAUAUUGAAUAACGAUAGAUUUUAUUAUUAUUUUUAAUUUAAAAAUAGAUUAUUUCAGCCUGCCGAUUUAAAGUUUAAGUAGCGAUAGAGAUGCUAUAUUAUUGUAAAGAUUUCUGUGAUUGCAUUCCUUUUUAGAUGGAAUUGUCUGGAAGUGUCUGUUUUAAGAAGACUUGAGUUAUAGUUUGAAAAUUGACAGAUUUAUUAAAAUAUUCUUGAAAAAUUAUUUAGUAUAAAGCUUUUGUGAUAUGGUUAAUGUAUGUAGACAUAUCUUUACCAGGUAGUAAGAUAUGUAAGAACAGGAUGCAUCGGACUUUGGAAUUUAAUUUUUUGUUCAAAAACAUUUUUAACCAACCCAUGAAAGUUAAAGUCCAGUGUUUGUUGUUUUGUGUUUGCACAUUGUCAAACUAAGCUUCAAUAAAAUGUGAAAAGCUA